AUGGCAGAAGCAGCCGCAGACGUGAAUGGAGACGUGUCAGAGGAAGCAGAGGACGCGGAGGGUCUUGCAUUAKAUGACAGUGGUAAGGAGGUCACUGCCAACCUCGCCUUCCUGUCCCUCUCGGCCACUCAUGCUCGCAGGCCAGCCCACCUGGUUCUCAGCUUCUCCAUCUUCCCGGUGGGCAUGGGCGUGAUGUCCUGGGGAAGCUGGAGCUGGGCAGGUAUCUACCAACAAGUCACAAACCUCCUGGACAUCAUGGACAGUGAGUCAGCAAAGACAGACAUGGCUGGGGCAGGCCUCGACAUGCGGAAGACCCUGGCCUCGGUGAUCAUCACAGAGAAGGCCACCGCUGAGCCCUCUAUGGUGAUCCGCGCUCUUACCCGCUGCCUGCAGGUGCCAGAGAUCUCCACCCAGCGCAAGAUCAACAUUUACAACAUCCUCCAGGAGAUCAUCCAGCAGGAGGGGGAGCUGGAGGAGCCGUGUGUGCAGAGGCUGGUCACCGUGGCCUCCAAGGAGAUGAGGGAGAUCUCCGAGGUGGAGGGCUACACAAAGGCAGAGGUGGCCAGUGACACGCUGGUGGCUCUGUCGCGGAACCACUUCAGCCUGGUCAUGUAUGAGCUGCAGCACCACCUCAAGCCCCUCCACCUCACGGACGAGUUUGUGGUCGUCACCUUGGCCAAGCUGGCCAAUGGCAAUGUGUUUGAGUUCAUGCCGUACAUGGGCAUCACUCUGGCUACCUUAUUCACGAUGCUGAGGCUGGCCAACGAAGCCAAGAUGCGCCAGGUGAUAUGUAGCGCCAUGGAGACCUUCUGUGAGACGGUGCAGUUUUACCUGAGGCACCUGGAGGACAGCGUGUACCCCGUGGUGACCGAGGAGCAGUUUGCUCUGAAGCUGUUCCCCAUGUACCGCUACUUCGUGGCGGUGUGGCUGAGGCACCACAACCCCGAGGUGAAGAUGGGGGUUGUCAAGUCCCUGAAGCCCAUGCUGAGCCUCCUCCUGCCCAACGACGAGCUGCGGGAGCAGGUCUACGACUACAUCCCCCUGCUGCUGGCCGAGUACCAGGGCAGCCUGGAGGCCAUCUUCAUCACACAGGUUUUGAGACAGAUUCUGGAAGUGUCAGUUGUCACCAACACCCCCAUCCCCCAAAUGCAGCURAACCCCAUUUUCACGGAGCUGCAUGUGCAGGURUGCACCAAGGCCCCAGCCCAGCAUCAGUACAGCAGCCAGAACCUGAUGGAGAUUGUGCACUGCUUCAUAGCCCUCGCUCGCUCCUACCCCAAGGAGCUGAUGAAGUUCUUCCUCAGCCAGAUGGAGGUGGGUAAGGAGGCCAUCCUCGUGGGGACACUGUCCCUGAUUCGGGCUGUGGUGAGCGCAGAAGACCCCAAAAUGAGUCUUAGGACCAUCUACUUGGCCAUUCGGGUGGUCAAGAACAGCCUGUCUGAUGCACGGUCCAAGGUGAGGAUGGCUAUUCUCCGCAUUAUUGGCCAGUUGGCUCUGUCAGGCUACCAGGACCGGAUCAAAGGUUGGGGCCUGAAGUAYGUGUCUGUGCAGCUGACCCUGUCCACCUACAAGCUGACAAAYCACCGGGAUAACUUUUAUCAGAGGGACUUGGAGGAGAAGAUGGUCCACAAAGUCACCAUGGACACCGUGAAGAUCAUAACCUCUUCUGUCAGUGGCAUGACCAAUGAGUUCUGGGUACGGCUCCUGUGCUACAUCAUGGAGACAGACUACACGGAGGCCUUGACACCCAUCUGCAUCAGCCUCACGAACCUGGCCGAGCGCCAGCUCCACAGCAAGGAUGCAGAAGCAAGCAUGAGUGGCAAGUGCAAACAYGUGGACCUGCCUGCACCUCAGAAGCUGCUGGCCCGUCUCUUGGUGCUGAUGUCGUCACCCUACAAGGGGGAGGGCCGUGGGGUCGCUAUGCUGCAACUCCUGAGGACCCUGAGCCACAGCAUUGCACCCACCAUGGCCAAUGUGUGGGAGCAGGAGAUCCCCCUGCUGAUCCGGUACCUGGAAGAACACACAGAGUUCACCUGGAAUCAGAAGGCCUGGGAAGACAAGCUCAUUCAGUUUCUGAGACUUUCCCUCAAGACAACUCGGGGGACCAGCUGGAGCCUGYGCCUGAGCAAGGAGCUGAACAACCAGAUCGGGAGCUUUGAUAGCCCCUCUUUGGAAAAGGGCUUUCUGUACCGGGCCUUGGGCUUCACCUUGGCCAUGGGGCUGGAGGCUGACAAGGUGGAGCUGCUGCUGCUGGAGCUGCUGUACAAGACCGACUACAGCAACGACUUUGACCGGGAGGGCGUGGUUCUAUGCUUUGGCCUGUGUGCCCGGGGCCAGGCGAGGACCGUGCUCAACGUGCUCCAAGACUUCGAGGACAGGAUCCAGGAGUCGGAGCAGUCCUGGCAGAUCAGUGCCUGGCGGAAAGACCACCCCUGGAGGCGGGAGACGGUGAAGAGUGCCCUCAUGGUGAUGUAUGGCUGUGUGUCCUCUUACUGCCACCCCCAGAUGCUCUUCUCCCACGUGGACACCCCCAUCACCGCUAAGAUCAUUCACCACUACUCCAGCAGCUGCCAGGACAUCAGCCUCAAAAUGGCCUUCAUGAAGAGUGUUGUGCAGGUGACCAGGGCCAUCAGAAGCAUCAAGGACCAAGAGGACUUUCACUUUGCUCAGAAGCCCACGCUGACUCGCCUGGUGAUGGCGAUCCUCAAGAUGGAGCCCACUGACCACCUGGCCUCUCCCGUGCGGACAAUGGCAAUGGACGCCCUCUCGCACCUGAGCAAACUGCGGCCUUUCUACUCUAUAGAAGAAAGUAACGAGCUGAUGGAUAUCAGUUUACAUUCUGUCAUUUCUCUCCAACCCCCUGGAGAGGACAACGAGUCUAUUAGGACUCUGUAUGCCAACACGCUGAGGUCUCUGGAGCAGCUGAUGGAGAGCCUCAUGCAGAGGCAGCUGGACCCCCGGGGGCUGCAGGAGAUGGUGCACCUCCUGGAGAAGUGGAUCUUGUCAGAGAAAGAAUGGGAACGGGAGAAGGCCACCAACCUYCACCUCCAUCUCAUGCAGAUCUACGUGCAAAGUGUCGGCGUCUGCAUUCCCCUGAAGCUGGGGCAGUUUGGCACACUGGUUGGACUCAUUGCCCCAGGCACCUGUGAUACCCACCAAAGAACACGUGUGGCCUCAACUAAUAUCCUGUCCAGCCUGCUAGAUCUUCAUGCAAGCCAGACCUGCUCCUUAUGGGAUGCUGCCAAGGAGAAGGAGCUGGAGAAGUGCAAGGAGGACAUCCAGGACACAGACRCCGACAAGGUCUUCGGUGCCUCCUCCAGGAUUGCCAAGGUGGUCUGCAUGGAGUUUAACAGUGACGAGGUGGUCUCACUCAUCCAGAAACUCUGUGAGAACAUCGGGGCCAUGGACCUGCCGCAUGACAAGGCUGCUGUCACCUGGAUAGGCACCUUCCUCCAGAUGCGGGCCAGGGAGCUGGAGGAUAAGGUGGCUGAGAUCCUGGGCGCCAUCCUGGUCCACCUGCCAGUGGUGGACCACCCGGAGGUGCGGCGCCUUCUCAUUGAAGGCAUCCUCUUGCUGGCUCACUACCACCAGGAGACUGUCCUCACGUCACUCUUGAGGCAGCCCCUGCCCAUGGAGAGCCACCUGACGGAGGUGUGGCUGACUGUGGCACAGAAUGUGCCUUUUGCACGGACUAUGCUCCACGGCUUGAUGGGCCGCCUGCAGUCGCGGUUCACCCCCAGGGUAAACGCCACCUCCAAGGCUGACAUCUGGCGCCUGGCCGCAGUGGACCCCCUGAUGACCCUGUGCACCAUCCAUCUGCUCCUGGAGACGUUGGACAGGGAGGACAAGCUCCGGGACCUGCUCCCUGACCUCCUCUUCACCCUCCUGCUGCAGCUCAGCAGCAGCCACAGGCCCGAGGCCGCCUCACCUGUCCUGAAGACCUGGAGGCUGGUCCACACGGGGACCCUGCCCGAGGAGAUAAACCUAGAGAGGAUCACCAUCAAGUCCAUGCAGCUUUUGCUCAAGAGAAUCAACAACAAGCGCUUGCUGCACUCCCUGGAAGAGCAGUCUGUGUGGGCAUUGCUGGAGGACUGCCUGACCUUCCUGGAGGGAGUGGGCCUGCUGGCCAGGCUGUGCCUGCAGAACAUGGAGAGCUACAGGCUGAGGCUGUCGGAGCUGGUGCUCAGGGGCAUGGCCUCCGAGGUCCUGAGCUGCCGCGUCAGCAGCACGGCCRUCUGCGUGGAGUUCAUGAGCCACCCGAUCCUGUACCAGCAGAAGCUGCUGAGGCCCGCGGUGAUGCUGCUGGAGAAGGGUGCGGAGCAGGAGGAGGACCAGGCCCUGCGGGUGCUCUCCCUGCGCGCCCUGGGCAACAUGGCCCUUGGUGCCCCCAAGAAGGUGAAGCAGUAUCGGAAGCUCUUGCUGGAACAGUGCCUGGGCUCCCUGAGGGGUCCCGCCAGCAGCAGYGUGACUGUCGAGGGCAUGGAGACCCUGACCAAAAUCCUGGCUGAGCUCCGAGAAGGGGACAUGGGCUCCUCYUUCGAAGCCGUCUCUGAGCUGUGCAGAGUCUUCUUUGACAAUGAGAGCGAGCUGCUGCGGCUGAAGGCCUUCGUCCUCUUUGGGAAGCUGGCGAAGAUGGUGGGGAUCUCCAAGAAGCAUUUCUUCAAAGGGGAAGUGAAGAGGGCCUGGGUCCCCCUCCUGCUGCACUGCCAGGACCCCUGCUCCAGCACAGCCCACGCCUGCAGGGCCACCAUGUUUCAGUGCGUGCACUUCUGGGGCUGGAGGUCCCUGGAGAGCUCCUUGGGGCAAGGCCACACCAGAACCGACGAGGAGAUGACUGUGUUCCAGACAAGCAUGUGCUCCAUCCUGACUCAGAAAAAGCCUGCUGUUCUCUAUGGCUUCUUUCUGGAAACAAUGUCCUAUGUCAAAAAUGACUUGUUAAGGAUCAGAAUCGCUGCCUGCAACUUGGCAGGGAUCAUAGUGAAGCAGUUGUCAGUUCAUUAUCUGAAAAAGCUGGACUGGCCGGCCCUGCGGAAUUCUCUCCAAGAACUACAGCUGGAUUCGGAUCCCGGGGUCAGGAAGGCAGCGCUGGGGACGCUCAAGGUCUUGGACAGCUGUAGCCAGCACUGGCAACUGGCACUGGGCCUCCCCUGA